UACUGUCAGUGUUGUGGUACGGCAGUCUGUUCGGUCCUCCGGUCCCGGCAGGCCCGGGUCUGUGGUUCGGCGCCAUGGGGGAGGCGGAGAAAUUUUACUACAUCUACAGCUGCGAGCUGGACAUCAACGUGCAGCUCAAGAUAGGAAGCCUUGAAGGGAAGAGAGAACAAAAGAGUUACAAAGCUGUGCUUGAAGACCCUAUGUUGAAGUUUUCAGGAUUAUACCAGGAGACCUGUUCUGACCUUUAUGUUACUUGUCAAGUUUUUGCUGAAGGGAAACCUUUGGCUUUGCCAGUGAGAACCUCCUAUAAGGCUUUUAGUACAAGAUGGAAUUGGAAUGAAUGGUUAAAGUUACCAGUGAAAUAUCCUGACCUGCCUAGGAAUGCUCAGGUGGCUCUGACAAUAUGGGAUGUAUAUGGACCUGGAAAAGCAGUCCCUGUAGGAGGGACAACAGUCUCACUCUUUGGAAAAUAUGGCAUGUUCCGCCAGGGAAUGCACGACUUGAAAGUCUGGCCUAAUGUUGAAGCAGAUGGAUCUGAACCUACAAAAACUCCUGGCAGGACAAGCAGCACUCUCUCAGAGGACCAGAUGAGUCGAUUAGCUAAGCUCACCAAGGCUCAUCGACAGGGCCACAUGGUCAAAGUGGAUUGGCUGGAUAGAUUGACAUUUAGAGAAAUAGAAAUGAUUAAUGAGAGUGAAAAACGAAGUUCUAAUUUUAUGUACCUAAUGGUUGAGUUUCGAUGUGUCAAAUGUGAAGAUAAGGAAUAUGGCAUAGUUUACUAUGAGAAGGAUGGUGAUGAGUCAUCUCCAAUUUUAACCAGUUUUGAGAUAGUGAAAGUGCCUGACCCCCAGAUGUCUAUGGAGAAUUUAGUUGAAAGCAAGCAUCACAAGCUUGCCCGAAGUUUAAGAAGUGGACCAUCUGACCAUGAUCUCAAACCUAAUGCUGCCACUAGAGAUCAGCUAAAUAUUAUAGUUAGUUAUCCACCCACGAAGCAGCUUACAUAUGAAGAACAAGAUCUUGUUUGGAAGUUUAGAUAUUACCUUACUAAUCAAGAAAAGGCUUUGACAAAGUUUCUAAAAUGUGUCAACUGGGAUCUUCCCCAAGAGGCCAAACAGGCAUUGGAACUACUGGGAAAAUGGAAGCCAAUGGAUGUGGAAGAUUCCUUGGAGUUGUUAUCUUCACAUUUUACUAAUCCAACAGUGAGGCGCUAUGCUGUUGCUCGAUUGCAGCAAGCUGAUGAUGAGGACUUGUUGAUGUACUUGUUGCAGCUGGUUCAGGCCCUCAAGUAUGAAAACUUUGAUGACAUAAAGAAUGGAUUGGAACCUACUAAGAAAGACAGUCAAGGAUCUGUGUCUGAGAGCGUGUCAAGUUCUGGAACAAAUGCUGCAGAAAUAGAUAGUUCCCAAAUCAUAACUAGUCCUCUUCCUCCAGUGUCUUCUCCUCCUCCUGCCUCAAAAACAAAAGACUCUGCAGAUGGUGAAAAUUUGGAGCAAGAUCUCUGCACUUUCUUAAUAUCAAGAGCCUGCAAAAAUUCUACAUUGGCCAACUAUUUAUAUUGGUAUGUUAUAGUGGAAUGUGAAGAUCAGGAUACUCAACAGAGAGACCCAAAGACACAUGAAAUGUACCUGAAUGUAAUGAGAAGAUUCAGCCAGGCAUUACUGAAGGGUGAUAAGUCUGUUAGAGUUAUGCGUUCUUUGCUGGCUGCACAGCAAACGUUUGUAGAUCGACUGGUUUGUCUAAUGAAAGCUGUGCAACGUGAAAGUGGAAAUCGUAAGAAAAAGAAUGAAAGGCUACAGGCAUUGCUAGGAGAUAAUGAAAAGAUGAAUUUGUCAGAUGUGGAACUCAUCCCAUUGCCAUUGGAACCACAAGUGAAAAUUAAAGGAAUAAUACCAGAGACAGCUACACUAUUUAAGAGUGCUCUUAUGCCUGCCCAGUUGUUCUUCAAAACAGAAGAUGGAGGUAAAUAUCCUGUCAUAUUUAAGCAUGGAGAUGAUCUACGCCAAGACCAACUUAUUCUCCAAAUCAUUUCACUCAUGGAUAAGUUGUUACGGAAAGAGAAUCUGGAUUUGAAGUUGACACCUUAUAAGGUGUUAGCUACUAGUACAAAACAUGGCUUUAUGCAGUUUAUUCAGUCAGUUCCUGUUGCUGAAGUUCUUGAUACCGAAGGAAGUAUUCAGAACUUUUUUAGAAGAUAUGCACCAAGUGAGAAUGGACCUAAUGGAAUAAGUGCUGAAGUGAUGGAUACUUAUGUUAAAAGCUGUGCUGGCUAUUGUGUGAUUACAUAUAUCCUUGGAGUUGGAGACAGGCAUUUGGAUAACCUUUUACUGACAAAAACAGGCAAACUCUUCCACAUAGACUUUGGAUAUAUUUUGGGUCGAGAUCCGAAGCCUCUUCCUCCUCCAAUGAAACUGAAUAAAGAAAUGGUGGAAGGCAUGGGAGGAACACAAAGUGAGCAGUAUCAAGAGUUCCGUAAACAGUGUUAUACAGCUUUUCUCCACCUGCGAAGGUAUUCCAACCUGAUUUUGAACUUGUUUUCCCUUAUGGUGGAUGCCAACAUUCCAGAUAUUGCUCUUGAACCAGAUAAGACUGUAAAAAAGGUGCAGGAUAAGUUCCGUUUAGACUUGUCUGAUGAAGAAGCAGUGCAUUAUAUGCAGAGCCUGAUUGAUGAAAGUGUCCAUGCUCUUUUUGCUGCAGUGGUGGAACAGAUCCACAAGUUUGCUCAGUACUGGAGAAAAUGAAACUGAGUUUUGCUGUCAAUGUAAUGGAAUGUCAACUUGUGUCACUUGUUUGAAAAAGAAAAACAAUUACCUUAGAAGAUACUUAUAGAAUGAAGACUGGAUAACAGCUGAUGGAAAAGAAAACUUCAUCUUUGAGCUACAGUGGUCUCUGAAAUGCAAGGGGCUUGCCGUAGUUUCCUGGGAAACCAUUGCUUUAAGUGUUCCAGAUGAUUUUUUUUUGAAACACUCUGUGCAUUUAUUUUCAACUGUACACAUUGUUAAAAUGAGAAAUAAGUUUCACUGUUUAUAACCUGUUGUUAAUUUUCAAAGGAAUUAUGUGGCUGAUGUAGAACUUUUUAGCCUUAAGGGCCUGGGAUGGUCCACUGCCACCUUCACUUCUUUAAGCCCUUAUAAAUAAUGGUAUGGGUUGAUUAUGCCUGGUUUCUGUUUGAUUGGAGGUUGAGGGUGGGAAUCUUUAAGGGAAAAAGGUAAAUUUUUCUUUUUAUUUUGCAUCUAAACUUAGUAUUUCACAAUUUAUGAAUGACUCCAGGUCAGGAAAUGUUUUCAUCUGGAAAAGAUAAUCAUUUCCUCCUACUUAUACAGAAAUAUUUUGAAAAUAUAGAUCAUUGCUCAAAUACGUUGUAAGUAUGUAAAGUAGAAGAGAAAAAAGUAAUUUAACUAACCAGACAAACAGCAAUGUUGUAGUAGUUUUCAGCAUUGAGCUUGAAAUAUUUUUAUGUAUAAAUAUAAACAUACACUCUUAUUUCAAUAAACUCUUUUGACAUAAACUUUGCAUCUAUAAACUUUUUCAGAUGUAUCUUUUUUGGUACUUAGGAAAUGAAAUCAUGUUUACUCAUAGAUUUAAGUUUAAUCAUGUCUUUCAUGUUUUAAUGUUCAAUGAAGCAUGAUAUUUUAGAAAGAACUCAGUGGCUUUGGGUUCAGAUUCUGGUUCUUGAUACUUAAUUGCCAUAUAAAGUCAAUCAGUUAACUUUUCUGAACCUCAGUUUUCUGUAAAAUGAGGUUGUCAAUAUACUGCCUAAUUUAAAAGGUCAUGGGGGAGGGGGAAAGGAGAGAGACUUUGUAAACCUAAGAGAGUUACUUAAAUGUGUUUAAUUCACAAUCUUCCAGCCAAUUCUUGGGCCUCAUAGAGAUAAAACAAAAUAACCUCGUACACAUAAGUUCAAAUUUCUAGAUAUGACACCCCUUACAUGAUCACUUAGCUUAUCUUUAAAGGAAAAAAAUGACACGUCAUAUAUUUGAUGCCUGCUAAAUAAUUAAAAGCAACCUUCUGAAAAGAUUGGGUGACAGAGAAUGUCAAAUAUCAGUGGAACAGUGGUUCAAUGAUGGAAUACCUGUGAUUCACAGAAUUUCAGUCCUAUUAAGAGCUUUUAGAGGCUGUCUGAUCCAGCCCUCUUCAUUUUAUUGAUAAUGGAUCUGAAAUUGAAAAUUUAUAGGAUUUAGAGAUGGAGGUUUGAAGAUUAUUUGGUCCAACCUUCAUUUUACAAAUGAAAGACCUGAAGUGCUCAAAGAAGUGAAGUAAACUUACUUGAGAUUAUAGAGUUGUUAGUGACAUUCUGACAUGUCAAUCCCUACUCAGUUAUCUCCAUUCAUCCCUAAUAUCAAAUAGCAGUUCAUCACUUUGACAUCUAAAGUUUUGACAACCCAGCCCUAACCUACCGUGUCAGCUUUAUCAUACAUUUCUACCCUUCACACACUCUGUGAUCCAGUUAAGCUGGAUCCUGCUAAUUCUGUCAUGGUUCCUCCCUUUUAUUUGUUCAUACUUUCUGCCUUCCCCAUUGCUAAGGCAGGGGAUGUAACCCAAUACCCCCUAAGGAUUCGCUUUAAGCCCUAGCAAAAACUGGCAAGCUAUCAUCUUGUUGGAUUUGUGCAAGGGGAAACCACACCGGGUAGCAACAGAUCAAGCCUCCUUGGUCAGAGGUGGGCCCUGCGGCCUCCAUGACUAAAAGGGGGAGGGAAUAUGGAAGUACCCCUGAGAUUGAUAUGUCUGUUUUCUGUUAAUUACCUUACCAGGCAGGUGCACCAAAUACAGAAGAAGCCUAUUUGCUAAAGGAGCCAAUCAGGAGCUUUCAAUGAACCAAAAUCUUGCUCCCUCCCAGACACCUCUGCUGGUAUUCACUGGCUGACCUUGCUGAGCUGUCUCUGCCCUUCCCCCGCCCCAACACACACACACACACACACACACACACACACACACACACACACACACACACACACACACACACACACACACACACACACACACACACACACACACACACACUAACCCAAACCAGACUUGUAGUCAGCUGUUCUGCAGAACAUCCUGUUUGUGUUUCCCACCUGUUCCUGGGAAAGAUUGUUCAUUCUUUUUCCCAACCCCUCCCUAAACCUCCCCUUUGUGAUUUUCAAACAUGAGUCUCCCCUGUUUCUCUUGGGCUUGGGGCUUCUAUGUACUUUGUACUGAGGUGCCUCAGCACUAGUGUCUGAUUUUCCUCCUAAUAAAACUUCUGCUUUCAGCUCAGCUUGGACACCUCUGCAUUUUGAGGGGUGGGCUUCAGUUGACAUCUUCAUAUAUGACACUACACUUUUUUUGCUGCUGGGUCUUAGUCCUGUUUCUUCCCCUGCCCCUCAUUUCUUGAAAAGCCUUCCCUCCUCACUUUCUCCACCUUUUAGAAUCCCUUGGUUCAUUCAAAACGUAAUUUAUUUGCUACGUUUUACAUGAAACCACUCAAUACCCCAGCUAUCAGUGACUUCCCCACAAAAUCACCUUGUUUAGUCUCUAUAUAUUUUAUUUUUACUGAUAGAUAUACAUGUUGCUUCUUUAAUAGAAUGUAAGUUACUUGAGGGUAGGGAUCGUUUCACUUUUGUCUUUGUAUCUCUAGCACUUAGCAUAGUGCCUGACACAUUGUAGAUGCUUAAUAAAUUGCAAGUUGGUUGAUGUAUCCCAGAUGGAAAUUUAAUUCUUCACUAUACUUUAGCGUAAUGAAAUAGAAAGCAUCCUGGUCUGAGAAUGAGGAAACAGAGAUUUUGUUCUCAUUUCUGUCACCCACUAGCUAUAUGUGGGACCUCCGGGAAAUCACUUUAUCUUUUGAGUCUGUUUUCUUAGCUGUAAAAUGAGUUGGACUAGAUCACAGUUUUAUGACUCCGGAGGCCAUCUGAACAAGCAUUCCCUUUACAUCAUAUCCGAUAAGUAGUCAUCAGCUUUUGCUCAAAGACCUCUAGUGAGAAGAAGCUUACUACUAUCCAAAGCAGCUUACUCCAGUUGAGGAUAUUGCUAACUGUUAGGAUUUUCCCCAUAACAGUCAAGGAAAUUUCCCUCUUCUCAACUUCUCCCUAUUGCUCCUAGUUCUGCCCUCUAGAACCAAACCAAUCAAAUCUAGUUCUUUCCACAUGACACCUCUUCAGAUACUUGAAGGGAGGCUUUGUAUUCUCUCCUAAUUUUCUCCAGACUAAACAUCUCAUUCCUUUAACUCUCUUCAUAGCAUGAACUUGAGUCAAUUCACCACAGUCACCCUCCUCUGAGGACCCUCUUGCUAAUCAAUGUCCCAAAAUUGAACCCAAAAGCCUAGAUAUGGUCUUACUAGGUCAGAGUUAAGCGGGACUGUCAUCUCCCUGGUCCUUAACACUUUACCUUGCAUUUUUUUGGCAGCCAUAUCAAGCUCAUCAUUCAUUAAACAUAAUUCACUCAUAUCAAGCUUAUCAUGCAUUAAAACUUUAGGCUUAUUUUUAGGUGUUCUGUUGUAUGUUCUUGUUGGGCUUUUUUGAUGGGCCCACAUAUAAGACUUUAUACUUAUAUAUCUAUUAAAUUUCAGUGGUUUUGGUUCAAUAUUCUAGGUUCUAAACCUGUUUUGUCUCAUAGACCCCUUUGGCAAUCUGAUAAAAACAAACCAAAAAAAAGCAAUUCACAGCCUCCAAGUUAAGAACCCUGGUCUAUCCUAAUGAGAGUCUUUUUGAAUCCUGACCCAGUCAUUGUGUAUAGUUAUCCUCACCUCUGCCGUCUCAGUAUGUAAUAAAGUUAAUGAUAAAAAAAAAAGAUAUUAAACAGUACAGAGUCAAAAUCCAUCAAAUCAUUAGUGACUAUUCUUUGAGUCUGGCCAUUCAACCAGUUCCAAAUACAUCUAACUGUGCUAUUGUCUAGUACAUUCCUCUCCAUUGUUUCCACAGAAUAGCAUGGGAGACUGUCAAAUGCUUUGCUAAAAUUUACAUGAAUUAUAGCUAUAGCAUUCUUCUGUUCUAUCAAUCUAAUACUUCUGUCAGAAAAGAAGUGUCUAGUCUGACAUGACCUCUUCUAUUUUUAAUAUAUUUUAUUGAUAUGGUGUGCUUCUACAUCACCUUAUCCCAAUAUAUCCUUCCCCUUCACAGAAAGCUCUCAGUUAUACAGUUUAACAGAAUGACAUGGGAGGAGGGGGAAAACAGUUCACAGCAAAACUAUCCAACACAUUGAAAAA